AUGAAAGGGCAGCUUCAGUCCCUUCAUGAGAAGAUUGACCAGCUGCUUCUCGCUUCUAAGGCUUCAUCUUCUGAAGCUUAUUCCAAAGUAGUGGUUGGAUCUCUGUUCGAAUGCAUAACGAAGGAACAUGUAGAUAAUGAUGCAAAGAGGAACAAGGCAAUGACUAAUUCUACCGAAGGCAUGGAUGCUCUCGCUGUGAAAACGGAGAAGGUCAGAGUGUUGGGUUUUAAACUGGAAAAUGCUGAGAAAAAGGUCAAGGAUUUGUUAUCUGAGAGGGCAGUCAUACGAAGCUGCAUUUCAGAUGUUACAAGCUUACUCUCAGAUAUCAUUAAGACCAGGGCCUUAAUGAUUACCAUCACAGUUCGAAAGCAUUUAGCUGAAAAGUUACGCCAUGUAUUUGAUAUGCUUCACCGACUGGAGGGUGUUUCACCUCAGAACUCUAAUCCAAAAUAA